GCGGCGGCGGGGGCACCGCUUGGGGGCGGUGAGUGAGGGACGUGGAGAGACGGGGCCGGACGCGGCCUCGGUGCUGCGGCCUCGGGGAGGCGGCUGCCGGCCAGGGACAGCGAUAGGGGCUGAGGAGGAGGUGGCCGGGGGUGCUCUGGAGCUCCGCGGCGGGGAUGAGGAACCGGGGAGCCGGGGCAGGGAGCCGGUGAGGAGGGAACGGGGCUGCCCCGUAUGUGCGACUGCCCGGCAUCCCUCACUGUCCCGGGCUCGGGGCACAGCUCGGUAGCCCAGCGGAGACGUCGGAGGAACCGCGGCGGAUUUGGCGGGCGUAGAGGAAGGCGGACAGGGCUGGGGGUAGCCCAGGAUGGCUGCAGCUUCAUAUGAUCAGUUGUUAAAGCAAGUUGAGGCGUUAAAGAUGGAGAACUCCAACCUUCGGCAAGAGCUAGAGGACAACUCAAAUCACCUCACAAAACUGGAAACCGAGGCGUCCACUAUGAAGGAGGUACUGAAACAGCUACAAGGAAGUAUUGAAGAUGAGGCAAUGGGAUCUUCUGGACAAACUGACUUACUGGAACGACUUAAAGAACUGAAUUUGGAAAGCACGAGCUUCGCUGGGGUGAAGUUUAGGCCAAAGGUGUCUGUGCGCUCGUAUGGGAGCCGGGAAGGGUCUGUGUCAAGCUGCUCAGGGGAGUGCAGUCCAGUCCCCAUUGGAUCAUUUCCAAGAAGAGGCUUUACGAAUGGAAGCAGAGAAAGUACUGGUUACUUAGAAGAGCUAGAAAAAGAGAGAUCUCUGUUGCUUGCGGAGCUUGAGAAGGAAGAGAAAGAAAAGGACUGGUAUUAUGCCCAGCUUCAGAACCUGACUAAGAGGAUUGAUAGUCUCCCCCUUACUGAAAAUUUCUCCUUGCAAACAGAUAUGACCAGAAGGCAGCUGGAGUAUGAGGCUAGGCAAAUCAGAGCUGCAAUGGAAGAACAACUGGGUACUUGUCAGGACAUGGAGAAGCGAGCACAGGCAAGGGUGGCCAGAAUUCAACAAAUAGAGAAGGACAUUCUUCGUAUACGACAGCUCCUGCAAUCACAAGCAGCGGAAGCAGAGAGAGCACCUCAAAGCAAGCAUGAGGCAGGUUCCCAUGAUACAGAGAGGCAGAAUGAAGGUCAAGGAGCAGCAGAAAACAGCAUGGCAACCAGCAGUACUGGUCAGGGUUCUGCUGCUCGAGUGGACCACGAGACAGCCAGUGUUAUGAGCUGUAGUAGUAAUUAUUCUGUUCCUCGCAGACUGACAAGCCAUCUGGGUACCAAGGUGGAAAUGGUGUAUUCAUUGUUAUCAAUGCUUGGUACUCAUGAUAAAGAUGACAUGUCAAGAACAUUGCUAGCAAUGUCUAGCUCCCAGGACAGCUGCAUAGCCAUGCGUCAGUCUGGAUGUCUUCCUCUCCUCAUUCAGCUUUUACAUGGCAACGAUAAGGACUCUGUGUUGUUAGGAAACUCCCGUGGUAGUAAAGAGGCCCGUGCCAGAGCCAGCGCAGCACUGCACAACAUCAUUCACUCCCAGCCUGAUGAUAAGCGAGGCAGACGGGAAAUCCGUGUGCUCCAUCUCUUGGAGCAGAUCCGUGCUUACUGUGAAACAUGUUGGGAAUGGCAGGAGGCACAUGAACAAGGCAUGGACCAAGACAAAAAUCCAAUGCCUGCUCCAGUGGAUCAUCAAAUUUGUCCUGCAGUGUGUGUUUUGAUGAAACUUUCAUUUGAUGAAGAACACAGACAUGCGAUGAAUGAGCUUGGAGGUUUGCAGGCCAUUGCUGAACUGCUGCAAGUGGAUUGUGAAAUGUUUGGACUCACAAAUGAUCACUAUAGCGUUACGCUAAGGAGGUAUGCUGGUAUGGCUCUGACAAACCUGACUUUUGGAGAUGUGGCAAACAAGGCUACAUUAUGUUCCAUGAAGGGCUGCAUGAGAGCUCUCGUAGCCCAGCUGAAAUCAGAAAGUGAAGACUUACAGCAGGUCAUUGCAAGUGUGUUGAGGAACUUGUCCUGGCGAGCAGAUGUAAACAGUAAAAAGACACUAAGAGAAGUUGGAAGUGUGAAAGCAUUGAUGGAAUGUGCUUUAGAAGUUAAGAAGGAAUCCACCCUGAAAAGCGUUCUGAGUGCCUUGUGGAAUUUGUCAGCACACUGCACUGGGAACAAAGCCGACAUAUGUGCUGUUGAUGGUGCUCUUGCAUUUCUGGUCAGCACACUGACAUACCGGAGCCAGACAAACACUUUAGCCAUCAUAGAAAGUGGAGGAGGAAUACUAAGAAAUGUUUCUAGCCUAAUUGCUACUAAUGAGGAUCAUAGGCAAAUCUUGCGAGAGAACAGCUGCUUACAAACCUUGUUACAACACUUGAAGUCACACAGUUUGACAAUAGUUAGUAAUGCAUGUGGGACCCUGUGGAAUCUCUCUGCUCGAAAUGCGAAGGAUCAGGAGGCCCUGUGGGACAUGGGAGCCGUGAGCAUGCUGAAAAACCUGAUUCACUCAAAACACAAAAUGAUAGCCAUGGGUAGUGCUGCAGCUCUACGGAACCUCAUGGCAAACAGGCCGGCAAAGUACAAGGAUGCCAACAUUAUGUCUCCAGGAUCAAGCCUCCCAUCCCUCCAUGUCAGAAAGCAAAAGGCACUGGAAGCAGAAUUAGAUGCUCAGCAUUUAUCAGAGACUUUUGACAACAUCGAUAACUUAAGCCCGAAAGCAUCUCACCGCAAUAAGCAGAGACAUAAGCAAAAUAUAUACAGUGAGUAUGUCCUGGAUGCCAGCCGCCAUGACGAUGGGAUGUGUGGGUCAGAGAACUUUAAUGCUGGCAAUAUGACUGUGCUCUCACCAUAUGUAAAUACUACAGUAUUGCCUGGUUCCUCCUCUUGCAGUAGAGGAAACACAGAAAAUUCUCGAUAUGAGAAAGACAGGAGUGUUGAAAGGGAUCGAACAGUAGGUUUAAAUACCUAUCAUCAAGCUGCAGAUAAUACUGGGAGUUCCUCUAAGAGAAUAGGAAUGCAGAUUUCUACUACUGCAGCUCAGAUUGCCAAAGUUAUGGAAGAAGUAACAAGCAUGCACAUUCCACAGGAAGACAGAAGUUCUGGUUCCUCUUCUGAAAUACACUGUUUGACAGAAGACAGAAAUGCUCAGAGGAGAUCAGCCUCUGCCCAAACUCACUCAAAUACGUACUUUCCAAAAUCUGAGAACUCAAACAGGACAUGUCCUGUGCCUUACACAAAAAUGGAAUACAAAAGAGCUUCAAAUGAUAGUUUAAAUAGUGUUAGCAGCAGUGAUGGCUAUGGUAAAAGAGGCCAAAUGAAACCUUCCAUUGAGUCUUACUCCGAAGAUGAUGAAAGUAAAUUCUGUAGUUAUGGCCAAUAUCCAGCUGACUUGGCACACAAGAUUCAUAGUGCAAAUCACAUGGAUGACAAUGAUGGAGAACUAGACACUCCUAUUAAUUAUAGUCUUAAAUACUCAGAUGAGCAGUUAAAUUCUGGAAGGCAAAGUCCCUCCCAGAAUGAAAGAUGGACAAGGCCUAAGCAUGUAAUAGAUGAUGAAAUGAAACAAAAUGAGCAAAGACAGUCAAGAAACCAAAAUACCACCUACUCUGUGUACACUGAAAGUGGAGAUGAUAAACACAUGAAAUAUCAGACACCUUUUGGACAGCAGGAGUGUGUUUCUUCCUUUAGAUCGAGAGGAUCCAGUGGUUCAGAUCAGAAGAGAGUAGGCCCAGCUCUCGGAAUUAAUCAGAAGGUAAACCAGUCCUUGUGCCAAGUUGAUGAUUAUGAUGAUGAUAAGCCAACCAACUAUAGUGAACGUUAUUCUGAGGAGGAACAACAUGAAGAGGAAGACAGACCAACUAAUUACAGCAUAAAGUACAACGAAGAGGAACAUAAUGUUGAUCAACCUAUUGAUUAUAGUUUAAAAUACUCAACAGAAGUUCCAGCAUCUUCUCAGAAGCCAUCUUUUACUUUUCCAAAGACUUCUUCAGUGCAGCUUAAUAAAACUGACCAUAUUCCCCCAAGUAGUGGGAGCACACCAGCCCCCUCAGCUAGUUCAAAGAGGCAAAACCAGCUUCACCCAAGCUCUGCACAGAGCAAAAGUGGUCAGGCACAGAAGAACACCUCCUGUAAGACUCCUUCUAUUAAUCAGGAAACUAUACAAACUUACUGCGUGGAAGAUACCCCAAUAUGUUUUUCACGGUGUAGCUCUUUGUCAUCCUUGUCAUCAGCUGAAGAUGAAAUAGGACGUGAUCAAUCCACACGUGGCACAGAUGCCAAUAACACACUGCAGAUUGCAGAACUGAAGGAGGACAGUGGGGCUCUACCUACAGAAGGUGCAGCCAGUGAAAUCACAUCAACAGCACAACACGUCAGAACAAAAUCCACCAGACUUCAGACUUCUAGCUUGUCUCCUUCUGAUUCCUCCAGACAUAAAGCUGUUGAAUUUUCUUCAGGUGCCAAAUCUCCCUCAAAGAGUGGUGCCCAAACUCCUAAAAGUCCACCAGAACAUUAUGUACAGGAAACACCGCUCAUGUUCAGCAGAUGUACUUCUGUAAGUUCCCUGGAUAGUUUUGAAAGCCAUUCAAUUGCUAGUUCAGUUCAAAGUGAGCCUUGCAGUGGAAUAGUAAGUGGUAUUAUAAGUCCCAGUGACCUUCCAGACAGCCCUGGACAAACAAUGCCUCCAAGCAGAAGUAAAACACCACCACCUGGUCAGGGAGUUGAAGUAAAAAGAGAGAUACCUAAAGGAAAAGCAACCACUACAGAGAAGAGAGAGCCUGGUCCUAGACAGGCAGCUGUAAAUGCAGCUGUUCAAAGAGUUCAGGUACUGCCAGAUGCUGAUACACUAUUACAUUUUGCCACAGAAAGCACACCAGAUGGGUUUUCUUGCUCUUCUAGCCUGAGUGCUCUGAGCCUUGAUGAGCCAUUUAUACAGAAAGAUGCAGAAUUAAGAAUUAUGCCUCCAGUUCAUGAAAACGAACAUGGAAACGAAGCAGAACCUGAACAGUCACAUGAUAAAAAGGAUAACCAGGAGAAGAAAGCAGAGAAGCCAGCUGAAGCAGAAAAAGACAUUCUGGAUGAUUCUGAUGAUGAUAUUGAAAUACUGGAAGCAUGUAUUAUUUCCGCAAUGCCAACAAAGUCUUCACGUAAAUCCAAAAAGCCACCUCAGGCAUCUGCUCCAAAAAUACCUCCUUCUGUAGCCAGAAAGCCCAGCCAGUUGCCAGUUUACAAACUUUUGCCUUCACAAAGCAGAUUGCAAUCACAAAGGCAUGUGACUUUUACACCAGGAGAUGAUGUGCCACGGGUAUAUUGUGUUGAGGGUACACCAAUAAAUUUUUCAACAACCACAUCUCUGAGUGACCUGACAAUAGAAUCCCCCACAAGUGAGUUGGCUAAUGCAGACAAUGUGGGUGGGGGAGCAGAGUCGGGCAAGUUUGAAAAGCGGGACACUCUUCCUACAGAAGGCAGAAGUACUGAUGAUUCUCAGAGAGCAAAAAGUUCACCUGUGACUCCCCUUGGCCUGGAUGGUGACAAAACAGAAGAGGGUGAUAUUUUGGCUGAGUGCAUUAACUCAGCUAUGCCAAAAGGAAAAAGUCACAAACCUUUCAGAGUGAAGAAGAUAAUGGAUCAAAUUCAACAAGCAUCUUCAUCCCCACGUAAUAAAAACGAACCAGAAGGUGAGAAAAAGAAGCCAACAUCACCACUAAAGCCCGUUUCCCAAAACAAUGAAUACCGAGCACGUGCACGAAAAAACACAGACCCUAAAAGCAAUGCUAGUAAUGAAAGAGGCUAUCCAGAGAACAGAGGUGCAAAGAAACAGAACCUUAAAAAUAAUUUAAGAGAUUUUCAUGACAAAUUGCCAAAUAAUGAAGAGCGUGUAAGAGGAAGCUUUGCAUUUGAUUCCCCUCAUCAUUACACACCUAUUGAGGGAACUCCUUAUUGUUUUUCACGGAAUGAUUCCCUGAGUUCUUUAGAUUUUGAUGAUGAUGAUGUUGACCUUUCAAGGGAGAAAGCGGAAUUAAGAAAAGGAAAAGAAGGAGAGGAGACUGAAUGUAAAGAUUGCUCUAAUGCAGAACAAUCUUCAAAUCAGCAGCCAAGUAACAGGACACAAGUUUGUCAAAAACAUCCAGUGGGCAGAAGCCAGACAAAAACUUUCUCUCAGUCAGCUAAAAAUAUUCCAGACAGAGGAGCAGCUACAGAUGAGAAAAUGCAGAAUUUCGCUAUUGAAAACACACCUGUUUGUUUUUCUCGCAAUUCAUCUCUUAGCUCCCUCAGUGAUAUUGAUCAAGAAAACAAUAACAAUAAAGAAGGGGAUCCUGAAAAACAUCCUAAGGCUCCUGAGCCACAUAUGGAAUCCAAUAGACCACAGACUUCUGGUUAUGCACCUAAGUCAUUUCAUGUUGAGGAUACUCCUGUGUGCUUUUCUAGAAACAGCUCUCUGAGUUCUCUUAGCAUUGACUCAGAAGAUGAUCUUCUGCAGGAAUGCAUUAGUUCUGCUAUGCCUAAAAAGAAAAAGCCCUCAAGAACGAAGAAUGACAGUGAAAAAAAUAACUCCAGAAACACAGGUGGUGUACUAGCAGAAAAUUUAACACUGGAUUUGAGAGAGAUACAGAGGCAAGAUUCAGAACAUGGUUUUUCACCUGAUUCAGAGAACUUUGACUGGAAAGCUAUACAAGAAGGUGCAAAUUCUAUAGUUAGUAGCUUGCAUCAAGCUGCAGCUGCUGCAUCACUGUCUAGACAAGCUUCAUCAGACUCUGACUCUAUCCUUUCAUUAAAAUCUGGUAUUUCUCUGGGGUCACCAUUUCAUCUUACACCAGACCAAGAAGAAAAACCUCUCACUAGUAAUAAAGGUCCAAGAAUUAUUAAGCCAGGAGAGAAGAGUACCCUGGAGUCUAAAAAAGUAGAAUCAGAAAGUAGGGGACUGAAAGGAGGGAAGAAAGUGUAUAAAAGUAUGAUCACAGGAAAAGCACGCACCAAUUCAGAAGUUUCAAGUUUGAAGCAACCACAACAGACAAGUGUUCCUUCAAUUUCACGUGGUAGAACAAUGAUCCAUAUUCCAGGAGUUCGAAAUAGUUCUUCAAGUACUAGUCCUGUUUCUAAAAAAGGACCUCCUGUCAAAAACAUGAACUCCAAGAGUCCGAGUGAAGGCCAAAGUUUGACUAGUUCUCCAAGAGGAGCCAAAUCAUCAGUGAAACCUGAGCCAGCUCCUAUGACUAGGCAGCCAUCAGGGUUGAACCAGAGUGGAUCAAGUAAAGGACCUUCUAGAUCAGGAUCUAGAGACUCCACUCCUUCUAGACCUCAACAGCAGCCAUUAAGUAGGCCUCUGCCAUCUCCUGGCCGAAACUCCGUUUCUCCAGGAAGAAAUGGUAUCAGUCCUCCCAACAAACUGUCACAGUUGCCAAGAACAUCAUCUCCUAGCACAGCUUCAACUAAAUCCUCAAGUUCAGGUAGAAUAUCAUACACACCACCAGGCAGGCAGAUGAGCCAGCAAAACCUUACAAAGCAAACUGCUUUACCUAAGAGUACCAGUAGCAUUCCACUAAGUGAAUCUGCUUCAAAGGGGUUAAACCAAACUCUCAGCACUGGUGGAUCAAACAAAAAGACUGACCUGUCCAGAAUGUCAUCUACAAAGUCUAGUGGAAGUGAAUCUGACAAAUCUGAGAGGCCUGUUCUUGUUCGUCAGUCAACUUUUAUUAAAGAGGCUCCAAGCCCGACUCUGAGACGGAAAUUAGAGGAGUCAGCUUCAUUUGAAUCUCUGUCACCUUCCAGGCCAGAUUCUCCCACAGGAUCCCAACUGCAGACCCCAGUUUUAAGUCCUUCUCUUCCUGAUAUGUCUUCAUCCACUCACUCACCUGCCCAGAGUAGUGGUUGGCGAAAAUUAGCCCCUAAUCAGAGCCCUACUAUAGAAUAUGAUGGGAGACCAGCAAAGCGUCAUGAUAUAGCUCGUUCCCAUUCUGAGAGUCCAUCUAGGCUGCUGAUCAACAGAUCAGGAACGUGGAAGCGUGAGCACAGUAAGCAUUCCUCUUCACUUCCUCGUGUAAGCACUUGGCGAAGAACUGGAAGUUCCUCCUCAAUUCUGUCAGCUUCUUCAGAAUCCAGUGAAAAGGCAAAAAGUGAAGAUGAAAAGCAGCAUGGAGGUUCUCUUCCUGGACACAAGCAAAGUAAAGAAAGCCAAGCACCAGCAAAAGGUACUUGGAGAAAAAUAAAAGAAAAUGAAAUUCCUCAGAUAAUGAAUGAUCCUCAGCAUUCUUCUUCAUGUGCCACAAAUGGCUCUGAUUCCAAAAGCCUCAUCUAUCAGAUGGCUCCAGCUGUCUCUAAGACAGAGGACGUGUGGGUGAGGAUAGAGGACUGUCCAAUUAACAACCCUCGAUCUGGAAGGUCCCCAACUGGCAAUACUCCCCCUGUUAUUGACAGUGUUUCAGAGAAAGGGGGGGUGAAUGGUAAAGAUCCUAAAGAGAUUCAAGAAAAGCAAAUCCCUGGGAAUGGAAGUGUUCCUGUUCGUACCAUUGGCUUAGAAAACCGUCUGAACUCUUUCUUUCAGAUAGACAGUCCAGACAAGAAAGGCACUGAAACAAAGCCUCUGCAGAAUAAUCUCAUUCCUGCACCAGAAAUUAAUGAAAGUACUGUAAACGAGCGUACUCCAUUCAGUUCCAGUAGCUCAAGCAAGCACAGUUCCCCCAUCGGUGCUGUGGCAGCAAGGGUGACUCCUUUCAACUACAACCCAAGCCGCAGGAAGAGCAGUGUGGAUAAUAGUUCUGCUCGGCCCUCACAGAUACCAACCCCGGUGAAUAACAGCACCAAGAAACGUGACACCAAGUCUGAAAACACUGACUCCAAUGGAACACAAAGCCCUAAACGUCACUCUGGGUCUUACCUGGUAACUUCUGUUUAAGUGCAACAACAACAACAAAACCCAAAACUGAUGUAUUAUAUACAGCAGCUAUUUAGAAACUUUGUUUCAAAUGAAGCAAAAAAAUGGGGAUUUUUUUUUUUUUUUUUCCCAUUUUUAUUUGUUGUAAAUAGCUUUGAUUCUUGUUAGAUGGUCCUUGUUCUGGAAGCCAUAUUUGAUAGUAUACUUUGUCUCUACUGGUGAUAUUUUGCAGGAAUACCUGAUUGACAGUUUGGAAUAAAAUGGCUAAUGCAAGUGUAUUUGUAUAGUAUGUUUAAAAUGUUUGACAUGCAUCCCAUCCCAUUAUCCUUCGAAUAUUGCUUGUCAUUGAAAUAAUGGAAUAGCACAGAUAGAAUGAUGCAGUCAUAUUGCUUUACCAAUAAUUUCUAGAUUACAGACCAACUAAACUACAUCAGGGAAAAAACGGUAUUAUUUAUGCAAAAAAAAAUGUUUGGUAUUUGUGAGUUCAUCUAGCCCCAUAAUUAAUCAUGUGGCUGUGAAAUUCACAGUAAUAUGGUUUCCACUGAACAAGCUUUCCUAGCCUACUUUUCUGCAUGAAUGAAAUUGAUGGUUCAUUUUAUGAAGUAAUGAUUAACAUUUCUGUGGUCACAUAAUGUGCAUAGAUAGUUAUGGUGUGACAAUUUACACUUUCUUUGUGGUCUGAAAAAGAAAAAACAAAAAAACCCAACAAAACAAAAACAAACAAAAAACCCCCCAAAAAACAAUCAAACAAACAAAACACACACACACUAAUUAAAAAAAAAAAAAAAAAAAAAAAAAAAAAAAAAAAAAAAAAAAAAAAAAAACCCACAAAAAAACCCUACACUGUGUAACUGUAAAACCUUGGACAACAUUAUUUUACCUGAAUUAGAUUUUAUCUUAAAGUAGGUAGAAUUUUUUUGCUAUGCUGUAACUUGUUGUAUAUUCUGGUCUUUGAGGUGAGGUGGCUGCUCUUUUAUUAAUGAGAUGUGGGUGAUGUCUCAACAGAGACUAAAAUGAUCAUUUCAGAAUAAAUUAUUACUAUAUGUAAGUUGUGUGUGUUCUGCAUUACAUAGAAAUACAGGAUUUUACUUUGAGAUAUUACCAUAUAUUGUGGUUGUAUGCACUUAACACUUAAGGCCUGAUUUGGGAUAAUCCUACAUCUCCAGUACCUGUUCUGCCUUAUCACUGGCAAAUGGCUGUUGUAGGAUGCUUUUAACACUCGUAGAAUCAGGCUCUAGGUCUUCUGUAAUAUAUUUGUAAUUGAGACAGUUUCACACAUCUCAGGUGCAUAACAAGGCUAAAGGCAGGGUAUUUCCAGUAGCCACGCAGUAUAAUUGGUCUCAUGACUGCAAGAUUGAAACAAUAUUAUAUCUAUACAAAUAAUAUUUGUAAAACAGAUCAGUUUUUGAUUGGGGAUAUAAUGUAGAAUGUGAGAUAGUGACUAUAAGAUGAAGUUUUGCUUCUCUUUGUGCUCUUUGUGCUUUUUUUUUUUUCUUUAAUUUAUUUUUUUAAAAAUUAUGAAGGGAAAAAUACUGCAAGAAUCCCAUGGCACCAAGAAAUUUGUUAGCGUAGUAGAAAAAGGGGUUUAUGCAAAACAUGAUAUUUUCUGCCUUGAGCCUUUUUGAUGCAAAUAUAAUUUGUGCUAUAAAAAUGCUGAAGAAAAACAGAUUUGUGCUCUAAAAAUAUAGUCUGAAUUUAGAUAAGGAUUACUUCAAAGUAGAAACAGGAGAGAACAGUACAUUAACUAUUCUGUGCAUGUUUGAACAGACCAUGAAACAAAAUUUCAUUGUAUCUCAACUGGACUGUUCUAAAGGUAGCUUUCCAAGUAACUGGUAUGUUAGAAUGCCCUGAUUUCAGGAAGCCCUUGAAAUAGAACAAUUUACCUUUAUGGUAGCUUUAACACAGUUGCAGAGUAUAUCACUUUGGUGGCUUUUGUACUUCUGAUACUGAAAUUAAUCAGUUGAACUAAUAGUAAGUCAUGCACUGAUUUAGGAACACAGUCAAGACACUAUCAGCAGACAAAAGUCAAUUUAUAUAAAAGCCAGUACCAAAAAUAACUGUUUGGCAGAAGUGGUAUCUUACUUGCUCUUUUGUUCUUUGCUUUCUGUCAGAUUUACUUUGAGACAUGCCAUGUUCCUGUAUCACCUUGUGAACCUGUUAAGAAGCAGCACUCCUUGUGUUACCAUUUGAAAUAUUUUGCAUACAGUAUCUUCAUUAAACUUCUAAUAUGAAUGAAUAUUAGUGUUCUUUUAAAGAUGAGAUAGAAACAGAUUAUGUCAUAUGUUUAAAGUCAGGAUUUCAUGUUGGAGUAAAAUACAGAACUCCAUCUUUGAGUUUUAAAUGGAAGACCACUUUGGUUGUAAAUGUUUUGUUUUUUAAAAAAAUCAUUAUUUUGUGCUGGGCUUUUAUUAACUAAUAUAAAAAUAUACUACGUAAUCCAGAAUAGUUUUUUAAUACCAGCAUUACAUAUUUGUUCUGUCAAUUUAAGAAUUAAAGGUAAACUCAGUCUCAGAAAAAAACUUCCGGUUUCAGUUACUGAAAAAUUACUGAAAUCAGUUUUUUAAUCAGAAGACAACGUGAAACUAUAAAUAAUUGUAUGCCUAUCAAACACCAGAAUGUCUUUGAAAAUUACAGCGGCUUCUUGAUACAGACUUGGGGAUACUUCAUGAUCAUUAUAAUUGGAAAGUUUCUCUUAGUAUCCACUUAAGUAAACCUAUAUUUGUAGUAAAGACAGGCUAGAGAAACUUUCCAACUAUAAGGGUAAUGAUACAUUAAAAUAUGCUUCCCAUGGGAGUUGUUAAAUUUCCAUUAUAGAAGUUUUAAGAAGAGGUUUAUGAAACAUCUCAUAGGGAUGGACUGUAGUAUAUUUCAUAUUGCCUGUGCAGAGAUGGGUGGUCUUUUGAAAUCUCUUCCAGAUCUACAUUUCUCUGAUUCUUUAUCUAAAAUACUUAGUAUCCACUAAGAGCCUUUCAGAAUAUUUAAAGACAUCCAUGAUGUUUGAUUUAUGAUGGGGAUAUGAAGUUAUAUUGUAUAAGCUUAACUAAAAAACAGAUCCCAGAAAUAUAAAAUCAAAGACAUGAAAAAUUGUUGCAAUAAGUAUAUUUGGUCUUGGAUUUUGUUAAUGAUGUCAGAGUCAUGAUAGAUUUGAUUUAUGCUGCUAAAGAUAACAUCUUGUUCCUUAGUUUCAUUUGUAUGAAGUUGCCACAGCAGUUAAGAGGAUAUGCUGGGGCAAAACAAAGAACAGCAAGGAGCUAAGGAAACCAAGACUCAAUUUACUGUUCUUCUGGGAUACACUGCCUUUCUUUCUACCAAUUUUGGUAAUAUUUUUUGUGACUUGUGCUCAGAACUUUAUUUGUCAUUGAAUUAGCUUGUCAUAUGUAGUGCAUACCAGACUUAUACUUAAAAAUCAGUUUACACUGAAAAAUAACUCAUAAAGCUCAUUUCAGACCAUCUUCUACCUUUGUCCUCUUGAUGUGAAAAGCAGAGAUCUGACCUCCCCAAAAUCUGUUCACUUUUUAAAAUGUCCUUCCAUUUUAGUUUUCUUGCAGUGUGCCACAGUUAAGGUUACUGCUUAAUUUAAGCUCUUCUGACUAAAUAUUGCAAUCUUUAGAGGGGAACGAAGCUAUUUCUAUUUUUCAUGUGUAGUUCUCUAUCAAGAGUAUUUUCCCCUGAUAAUGCCUACUGCUCUGUCAGAUAUGACAGCUUGAAAAUUGAAAGCCUUGCCACAGUUCCCUGAUGAGACUGGAAUAUUGUUUCAAGGAGGAUUUGGCUAUACAAAUACAAGUAUAGUUUAUGCUAUAAAUGUCAGUAAGCUGCAGUAUUCUUCAACAUAGACUAGCACCUUUGAUGGCUUUGGAAAGUUUGGUGCAUGUCUUUGGUAAAGGAAGAGGAGGGAUAGAGAAAGGAGUUUCAGAGAGAGUCACGUUGUCCUAGGGAUGUAGUUUCCUUUUUUCCUCAGUAAAUUACAUAAGCUGCACCAGAGAGAGAACAGCUUGUGCACAAAUUAAUGAGGCAUUAUUUUGAAAUGUACCAGUGGACCACAAAACUGCAGAACCUUUGCCUGAUAAUCUGAAAACUGAAAUACUUGAUGUCUCCUUUGGAGUAGUUCAUAGCAGUCCAUCCCCUUGAUCCCCCUAAUAGAAGCUGAUAUUACCAAGAAAGUUGACUGUGUUAGCUUCCUCUUUCUCCUUAAGGAUAAUGAUACAUACUAUUUGUAGAACUGAAGAAGUGGCAUGUGCUGUUCAAAGAAGUUUUCUACUCCAUUCCAUGCUCCUGGAUCUUAUGUGACCUUUCAGUGGACUUGCUCACCUCUUACCUGCUCCCCUUAUGGGGGUAGUAGGAUUAGUGCUGCAUGGGUAUGCUGAAUUUCCUCAGUGCAUAGUUGGACAAGUGCCACAUGAGGCAGCAAAAAAAGAAAACAGCUAGGGCUGGUUGGGAUAGUUUCCUUUACAGGAGGCCAUUGGAUCAAGCCAUUGCAGGCAACUUUAUGCCUAUAUGCUAAGUUUCAGACCUUCACCCAUUUUGACACAGCAGAAGCAAAGUUGUUGUGGUUUAUUUUGUUUGGGUUGGUUUGGUUUGGUUUUUGUUUUGUUUUGUUUGUUUUGGUGGGUUUUUUUGUUUUGGUUUGGUUUUUGUGUUUUGUUUUGUUGGGGGUUUUUUGGUUGGUUGGUUGGGUUUUUUUUUUGUUUGCUUUGGUUUUUUUGUUUUUAACUGAAUUUUUCCUAGUGCUUUGCAUUUAAAUAACUUAUGUUUGGGUAAGUCCUUAAUCCUGGAAAUUCCGACAGCUAGCUACAGAAGUAUUACAUCAGUAUAUGGAUGUAGAAGAGAUGUAUUUCUUCAUCAAAUAUACCCCCAUAAAAAAACUCUACCAUAUGUAAGCUUCUGGGAGACAGUUUUUAGAUUUGCAAUAUUAAGUUCAGUGCAGUAAUCCUUCCAGUAAAAAGACCUAUUGUAUUGCAACUAUUUCUUUCCUAGAAGAGGCUUGAAGAGGGAGGUAACAUCUCAAUGAGGUUAGUAUUGUAGGAAUGACCUGGAAAAUGUCAGAAAUGGUGGACUCUUCUUACAAGCUCUUCUAAAGUUACUAGAUGCCUCCCAAAUGUCUUUCCCAUCUAGCUUUCAUGAAAUGCCAUAAGAGCAUCACUAAAAAUUACAUGUAGACUUGACCUAAACAUAACUUCCUGCGUCUACUGUAAUGCUUUGCGAAGUUGGAUCUACCUGUACAUUAGCUUUGUUCUUGAUGAGAUGUGUGGUUUGGAUGAAGCUGUGAAUCAGAAGUGAAGUGUCAGUUAAUGUAAAGUAUGACUUUCUCCACGCAUUUAAAACUCCGAGGACCUUCUUGAUAUCAAAUUACCCAAGUGUAUUCACUCUCUGGUUCUACAGUCAUCUCCUUUGCACCUUGACAUUUAACCAGAAGAGAUGCCCACUUUUAAUUUCAUUACAGAUCACAUGUAGAAAUAAGAUUCCUGUUUCAUAGUUUCCUAUAUGCAGAAUAACAGUUUGUAUCUGUAAAUGUGUUCAUAGAGAAUUAGGUAGUUACGGUUGAGAUUUUAGUCAGAAUGGUAAGUUAGCUGCUUACAUGUUGUAUUCAGUUACCUAUUGGAAGUGCAAGGGAAUUUGGUGCACAGGAGCUUUAAGAGUUCACAACAUAAUUAAUGCAGGUGUCAACUCAUGAUGCCAAGAUGAAUUUUCUGCUGUCAAGUUUCAGUUUCCCAGAUGUUCUCUUUACUUACUCUAAGUAUUGCAGAAUGCCUCCCUAGCAUAGUUUUGUAAAUUACCUUUCUUAGGAAAUUUCCACAGUUACAGGCUUAUGUAUUAGUGAAUUUCUGCCACUUCAAGAUUCAAAGAAAUUAUUUGAAUUUUGCUGUUUGUAAAAACAUUGUUUACUUGAGUGGCUGUAGAAUUGCAGUUAGGAUAUCAGGAAGAUGUAGGGGGAGCUGGUUCACUCAGUAAAAUGCACUUCUGUCCAGAGCUCAAGCCAUGCAUACAAACAGCAUACCUAAUACCACCCUUUCUGGUAGGAUCUAACAUGAAUAAAGCUUGUGCUGGUUCUCUGCAACUGUCAUCCUGUGAGAUCAGAUUAAUUUGCCUGCCUGUAAAUGUUGUCUCUUGAACAAACUCGGCCCACAAUAAUCUUUCCUUCAAUUUUGUUGUUUGUGUCUGCCCGAGAUGCAUUACUGUUUAUAUUCUAACUCUGUAAUUAAUUCUUUCUUCAAUUAUUCUAAUGUAUUUUGUUUCACAGUAUACUUAUUCUGAAUUUAGUCUUGCUAUGCAUAAUUUAUUUAUUACUUGCAGUGUUACAUAAAAUUUCCUCGUGAUUGCA